ACAAUAGUAUCAGAAGUAACUGAGCUUCUAAGCAACUGGAUUUUUUUUACUUCAUGAAAACACUAAUCAUAUAAUUCAGAGUUUUCAACCUAAUUUUAAGAAAGUCCUGUGAAGUUUCAUUCUUCAAACCGCGCAGGAACAGCGUUUCCAAAACUGCUUGGACAGCGGAUUCUUUGGCCCUCCUCCGUUCCAGCUUAGAGUUACUAUGACAGCUUGUUCCCAUAAGAAGUGUGAGUGAAUCAAACUACUUCGCUGGAAAAGCCAGGGAGGAGAUGGCACGGAUGCGUCCUCCUCCCCCCUCUCAGGCUAUGUAGCACCUCGACCCUCACUCCACCCUAUCUCUGGGAGUCGGGAAGUUUUGGAGGACACCCUGCGAGGGUGGGAUGGGGUAGAUUGCAGGGUUGGAGCCUGGCUCCCGGGAUUGAGAAGGAGAUGGGCAGCGCCGGGGAAUAACGCCCCGGAGAUCCCGGAGGCGCAGCCCCAGAACUCCCCAGCAGUCUAGACAGGCUGGGUUUAGAUUCUCCCCUCUUUGAGAGUUGUCAGGAAGUUUGGGGGAGGGGCGAACCGCUGUCUCCAGUUCUCCCUGCUCCGGAGGCUGAGGAGGGACGGCAGCAGCGGCGGGUCUCGAGCUGUCAGGUUCCCGCCCACGGGCGGGCUCCGGGGCUCCCGAAGGGGCCCGCGGGGGCGCAGGCGGGGGUCUGGGGGCCGCGGGCAGAGCGCGCGGGCCGGCAUGGAGGGACUGGUCCUGCUCAACAAUCUGGCCACCCGGCUGCUGUUCGUGCUGCACUCUCUGGUUGGGGUCUGGCGAGUGACCGAGGUGAAGAAGGAGCCGCGGUACUGGCUGCUCGCGCUGCUCAACCUCUUGCUCUUUCUGGAGACCGGGCUCACCCUCAAGUUCAAGCGCGGCAGAGGCUACAAAUGGUUUUCACCAGCCAUAUUUUUAUAUCUGAUUAGCAUUGUUCCAUCAUUAUGGCUUCUUGAAAUGCACGAUGAGACCCAGUAUUGCAGUAGCCAACCUGAAGAAACAUCACAAAAUUCCAGUAGCAAAGAAAACUUCAAUCAAACUCUGAUAUCAAGUGACCAAGACAAUGGAGCAGAUGAUCUCAUUAGGACGGCCCAAGUUUUUGUAAAUAACUUAUCUACAGUAUGUGAGAAAGUUUGGACUUUGGGACUCCAUCAGACAUUCUUGUUAAUGCUCAUAAUUGGAAGAUGGCUUCUACCCAUUGGAGGAGGGAUCACUCGGGACCAACUCUCUCAACUUCUCCUUAUGUUUGUGGGGACAGCUGCUGACAUACUGGAAUUCACAAGUGAGACCCUGGAAGAACAAAAUGUGAGGAAUAGUCCUGCCCUGGUCUAUGCCAUCCUUGUCAUAUGGACCUGGAGCAUGCUACAGUUUCCACUCGACCUGGCAGUACAGCAUGUGGUCUGCCCCUUGUCCAUGGCAAUGAGGGGGUUCCCCAGCUUCUUCUUUUGCCAAUACAGCGCCGAUCUUUGGAACAUUGGGAUCAGCAUCUUCAUACAAGACGGCCCCUUCCUCAUCGUGCGUCUCAUAUUGAUGACCUACUUCAAAGUCAUAAACCAGAUGCUUGUGUUCUUUGCCGCCAAGAAUUUCCUUGUGGUGGUGUUACAGCUCUACCGCCUGGUGGUGCUGGCGAUGGAUGUCCGCACUUCCUUGCUACAUCAGCCCGGCAGCCUGAAAGCAAAACAUCACUGCCCGUGUGAACCCACUGCAAGUGAGAUCUCAUCUGGAGACCCGGAGAGCGGCUCUAAGGGUGACUUGGGGGUCCCCUUGCAGACUUUACCAGUCACCCCUGAAGACUCGCAGUCCACCCCAUAGCUCCUUACUGACAGAAAGCAGCCACUAGAAUGUUCCUUCUUAUGGACAGAAUCUCCACUCUCUCCCUCUUUUUUAACUUUGGCAUAUAAUAAUUUUCAAAAGAACAACAUAAAAAGUGAUCUUAAACCAAAGCUGAGGAAUUUUCUUUUUUCAACUGAAUGGAAAGAACUUUGAUUAGUGGCUAUCGCUACAACUUCUGUGCGAUGGUAUCAGAUGUUACAGUUGUUCAACGACUAAGUGAUUUGUUUGUCUUGAACUGUUUGAAAAGCUAUGGACAGGGUUACAGUGACAUGCCCUCAAAAGAUUUAGUGCAGACAAACUGUCACGGCUGUUACCUGAAAAUAGAGAAGCUUUGAACUUUGGCUCCAUUGUCAGACUAUCUCAUCUGAUCUUUCCUGCAAUGUCCCUGACAUCAAAAAAUGUACAUUCAGUGAAUGCAGAACAAAUGAAGGGAAAAGUGCUUUUAAAAUUACCUCACUGUGAGCUGGAAGCAGUGAAAAUCUCUGCCCAGCUUCCAUAGCAUUGAGAGCCCUCUCCAUCGCUGCACAGACCUUCCCAGGAAAAUCAUUUUUCUGGGCUGAUGUGGUAUUCUGUCAUGGUGCAUAUGCUCUUACAGAAAUUUUAUUGCUUUUGGCUUGGGCACUGCAAAAUUCACAGCAAGCCAUUUCGGUUGUGAGGCAGGAAAUACUGGUAAUGCUAGCAAAGUCACAAUUUCCACUCUGAAACAUGAUUUGCGGUAUUCAUCAGUAUUUUUCUUAACUCUACUUUGCCAUUUUCUGUAUUGCCAAGUCGAAUUAUGUGGGUUGAUGCAAGGAAACACUGAAACAGGGAGUAAAGGUGUUUCAGGCCCUUUAAGUGUUACCAUAGUUUCUGGAGUCAGCCAGAGGUAGAUGGAACCCCUCCCAACUGCGGCUAUGGGAGCCUGAGUCGGCCUUUGGUCUCUGGUAAGGUGUCAGGGAUAGAGGCUUGCAUCAGCCGGACACGCAGCCAGCAGCCCUUGACUGGUGACCGGGUGCAGAGUACGCCACGCCACGGCAUUGUGGAAAUCAGGAAAUUCGCUUUUCUUCCCUGCAUUAAGACUUCACCUCCCCAGUGUUGAAAUAGACACUCUUUCCCCUUACACACCUCUGUACUUUCCAGAUGGAGGUCAUUCAGAACAUUUUUAAAUGAUUUUUGCUUUUAAAGAUACAGUGUGAAAAUUUACCUGACUGUAUAGCAAUGAUUACAUUCGAGGCAAGCAGUUACGAAACUGCUCUUUUAGGGUUCAAAGCAGAAUUCCUCCUUGUUAUUAUGCUGAGGAAUUCAAAGGGACAUGAAAGAUAAGACCGGAGUAUGACCUUAAAUUGGGUGUAACUGUUUGACAACCACUGGGGACAAUUUUAUCUAUAAAUCUGUGUGACAGGAUAUCUGUUCAAAAUAUCUGAUUCAAACGUUUCAAAGGCAAAUUCUAUUUUUAUACAGAGAAAUUAAUAUUUUCCACUCCUUGGCUUUUUCAGUGCCUGAUAGCAUGUUUUUAUUUCAUCCUUUUUUUCCUUGUGUUUCUAAUUUUAACAGUAUGAUGAUUAUAAUAUUACACAUGAGACGAGUGGAAUACAUUUAUAAUUUUCAUAAUAAUUUUAUGAACGUUAAGAUCAGGAAAUUAUAUUUAUAUAAAGAAAAGAACUUGACAACUUUUAAGGGCAUGUUAUUUAAAAUGCUUAGCAAUUGGAAGCAAAAUAAUAAGUGCUACUAUUUAUAAAAACGCCUCGGCAGAAUCUGUUUUUCUGUUGACUAUUUUAUGUUGAAUGUUUUCUUCUACAACAUGUAUGUGCUGCUUAUUAUUGCAGAUUUGCUCAUGGCAUACUUUUCAUGUUUUAAUUUUUUUCUUCCAGCAAAACAAACAUUGAGCAUCUAAAAAUAGAUAAACUAUAAAGUAGUACGGCUGUUGCAAGGAUAUUUUUAAACAUUUUCAAAUCUGAGACUUGGCUUGGCUUCGUGAAUGAGUUCCUAGUGUUUCAGUAAAGUAUUUUGUAAUUAGCACUCCUCCAAAGGCCUUGGAAAUGGGAAGUCCAGAGUCUGGCUUUACUUAGCGUUCCAGGAAGGCAAAGGGCAUGGAGGACCAUCUCAGCAAUAAAUGGUGGCAGAAUAGACACACGCUCCCACAGGUUUUCCAGGAAAAUCUGUGAAGGGCAACAUUCGUUAACCUAACCGUGGGUACUUCUACUCUCAUGGACUAUUUUUAUAGUCAUUUAGUUCAUUUAAAAACAAAACCUAAGUCCAACCUAAAUCUAAGACCCCUGAUGAAAAGAGUUAACCUUGUAUUCAGUAAUUGUCGUUUUUAUUCUAGAUUGCUAAACGUAGUGUUUGAAAACAGUCCAGCAUUUCCUAUAAAGUGAUUAGAACAGCAGUUGCCAUGCGUAUAUUGACAACCCGGGACCUGCUUCCAUGGUAUGUGUAAGCAGAUAACUAUUCAGAUCAUCUGUACGAUGUGUCGCAAGCCAUACCUCUCUACGAUCCCUCACAGACCCACAACACACCAAUCCCCAGCCAGUGAGGAGAGUGGCUCGUUUGUGGUAGUGUCGUUAUUGUUGUGGUUGUUUUUACCUAAUUCCUUGAUGGAAAUUCAAUCAAAUGUCUUUCCUAAAAACAUAUCAUUCUACUCAUGAGGAAACACAGGGUACAUAUUUUAAUGAUGUUGCAUGGAAACGUAAACAUGGCAUGGGUUUUCUUUUGACCCUGACUAGAUGAGUCCCAAAGAUGACUUCCCAUUGAAAGAUCCUUAAACUGUCUUUAUCUUUCAUUAUUCUGUGAAUUUUUAUUUCAGCUGGAACUGCUAACAUAGGAAAUUAAAUAUUUGUAUUGGCCAAUAACAUUCUAGCUAAUCUUCCAAAAUGAAGACUCUUACACAAAUUUACUGGUCGGACCUGUAGUGCUUCCACUAACAUGUUGCAGCACUUCAGGCCCUGUAAAACAGAAAGACACAACCAAGAAGCAUUGGGAUUCUCUACUGUAAUAUUAAUUGUGGAUUUGUGAUUUAAUAGAAAGCUUCCAAAGCUCUGGAAAAGUAUGCAUUAUAGGUGCACAUGGUUUAAGUUUCCUCCAAGGUAUCAGAUUUCAGCACUGACAUCUAUUCCCUUUGGCACUUAGUUUCAAUUCUUAAUCUAUUCUCUGGUUAAGAGAGAGAAAGAAUUGUAGAAGACCAAGUGUCUGUCCACCUUCACUCUGCUUUGGCGCUAGGAAAGUGAAAUGCUGAAAUAUAUUGCAGAGACUUAAUGACGUACACACACAAAAAAUCUUGAAUUAUAAGAAGAGACUGUUACAUUUUUUGUUUUGUUUGGGUUUUUUGUUUUGGUUUGGUUUUGCUGAUUUCUUUGUACUUUGGGCCAUUCUGAUCCACUCUUGCAAAUAUCCUAUUUGGGGGUAAAACUCGGCAGCUGGAGGACAUUUAUAGCCCUGAGGCUUCAAAUAACAUUCCAUAUGAUGGGAGGAACUUUAAACAGUGUUCAAAUAAUCUACGGCUGCAGCCUUAUAUUUUACGCAUGUCCAUCCUCUAAGUCCUUUCUAGAAUAUUUUGUGAGAGUAUUUUCUCCAAAUUAUUUAUAUCAAUACUAUUUUACUACGAAUGACCUUUGUAUUUUAUUAUAUACAUUAAAGAGUUUGUAUACAA